AUGAAAGUUGGUACAUCUGCUUGGACCGGCAUUGCAGCAACACUUUUAGAUGGAGGGAGGACUGUUCACAGUCUUUUUAGAUUGCUUGUGCCGAUUGUGGAGACAAGUACUUGCAAUGUUCCUCCUACCAGUAAUCAUGCCACAUUCCUGAUGCAACAAGACUUAUACAUUUUUGAUGAAGCAUCAAUGAUCCCCAAGCAUGCCCUUCAAGCUAUCGAGACCAUGUUUAGGGAUAUUUCUAAUGUUGACAACUUAUUUGGAGGAAAAGUCAUUCUUUUAGGAGGGGACUUUCGACAAAUUUUGCCAGUAGUAAAGAGAGCCAGACCUGCUGCAAUUGUAGAAACAUGUCUUAAAAGCUCCUAUAUUUGGCCAACUGUUCAGGUAUUUAAGCUUACACACAAUAUGAGAGCUGGACAGAAUCAGCAGAUUUUUGCAAACUGGCUUUUACAACUUGGUGAUGGUAUUUUACCUACAAAAGCAACAGCGCCAUUUACGAAUAGCAUUGAAAUACCAGAAACUUGCAUUAUCCGUGAGCAGAAUGAUCAAUCACAUGUUGAUGCAGUGUUUGGAGAUUGUAACUUGGCAGAUUUUGCCAGUAGGAUUAUUCUGACCCCUACAAAUGAUGUUGCCCUUGAUAUUAAUAACAAGAUAUUAAAUAAAAUUCCAGGGGAAAUAGUAACAUAUAACAGUGCUGACUCUGUAGUUUCAGACGAUCCUGAAGAAAUUGCACUUUAUCCAGUCGAGUUUCUUAAUUCAAUUACACCUUCUGGUAUGCCACCACACAACUUGCAACUAAAACUGGGUGCAGUAAUAAUGCUUCUUCGAAAUCUAGAUUUAAAACAUGGAUUAUGUAAUGGCACUAGAUUAAUAGUACAACAGUUAAGGCAACAUGUAAUUGAUGCUGAAAUCAUUACUGGUGUUGCUACUGGUAAAAGAGUGCUAAUACCUAGAAUUCAAUUAGCGCCUUCUGACACUGGUCUUCCUUUUCAGUUACGAAGACUUCAGUUUCCUAUACGUUUGGCCUAUGCUAUGACAAUUAAUAAAUCUCAGGGACAAACAUUUAAUAAAGUUGGAAUUUAUCUUCACAGGUCAUGCUUUUCUCAUGGACAAUUAUAUGUUGCAUUUUCACGUGCACGUUCCUUUGAAGAUGUUAAGGUAAAGAUUCAUCAAACAGAAGCACAAGGGUAUGUUCAGCAUAAAUGCUAUACACCAAACAUUGUUUACAGUCAAGUGAUGUAA